AUGUGUAGAAUUUUAGAUUCUGCCCGGAACAGUCCUAUGAGUGAUCACAGCAGUCAUUUUGACAGGAAUAUUCAUAUCAAUGUGUCCGCACUGGCAAGGGAGGCUAAAGAACUCCAGGGCAAAUCUAACCAGAAGAAAGAAGAACAAAAUUCCGAAGGUGCAGAGAAGAGUAUGAACGGAGUACAUGAAACCGGAAAUAAUAAAUGUCUCGAAGAUCCAACAUUUACAUUCGAUGAGCCAACUGCAAUAUCCAAACCGGAGCCAGUCAAACCAGCAGCUUCUGCAGCCAAUAAUAAAACUCCCAUUGAUCAACCAUCUAUUAAUAAAGCUCCCCUUGAUGCAGCUUCCGUUAAUAAAACAUCCACGGACCCUGCUCCAAUUUCUGCAGCCCAAAUGACUGCUGCUCCAGUGGUUGCUGCUCCAAUUGCUACUGCUCCAGUUGCUGCAGCUCAUACAGUUCCAGCUCCAACGGUUGCAGCUCCCGUUGAAACCCCUAAAUCAACACCAAGCUCUAUUCCUGUAGCCAAAAAGCCCUCCUACAGAGUACUAGAGGACCCCGAUAUGGAUCUGCCUCCUAUGAAACCCUCUCCUUAUAAGGUCCUUGAGGAUCCUGGGAUGUCAAUGACAGCCUCUAUUUAUCAGCCAUCUGCAUCAAGCACAGAUAUAGGAAAGCUGUAAGGAAUUGGGCAGCAAAAAGAGGAUAUAACCCUGCCUAGCCUGCUAGUUAAACACGCUUCAUUAGUCAGUUGGACUGGACUGUGAUUUGCUUUCUCCUCUUCCUUCUCCCAAAUAGUGUGUCUGCCCCCCCCCUGUAACUCUUCUUCCCCCCCCCUUGGAACUCUUAUUCUUCCCCCCACCCCAAGCCACCUACAACAACAACAACAUCAAAUAAAUCAAAUAUUCAAAAGCAUAUGUUCAAUGUUCAUGUUUUGUAAACAUGACAUUUUUAAUGUAGAAUUAUUUUUUAAAUGUAAAAAUUAAAAUAGUUAACUUAAGAAGAUUUAUUUCAGCGCACCAUAUUUACCAAAUAUAAAAAUGGGUUGUUCUUUGAUGUUUAAAACUGCUACACUGAAAUAUAAAAAUAAAUCAC